CGAUCUGGCAACCUUGGCUUGGCGGGUGCGUCUCUGGGCGUGGUGGACAGACACUUUAAACCUUGAAAAGCAACUUGUUUCUCACCUCUCCUCUCACUCGACUCGUUCGUCGGACUUCUUCUCCUCUUCACUCGCCGACAUUCCAGUCGAAAAUGAGUUUUGCCAAGCACUUUAUCGGCGGCAUCCUGAACAUCGUCAGCAACAUCGAUCCGGCCAUAUUCAUCCCGUCGGCGCCGCCUCCUCCCCGCAGACCUCUAGCCUUCGAGGAAGCUCACGAGAACGAUGAGGAGAAGUCCUUCCGCAGAGCUUUCAAGAAGCUGGCGGGAGAGGACAUGGAGGUGAGCCCCAAAGAGUUGAUGAACAUCCUCAACCAAGUGCUCGCCAAGCAUGGAAAUUUGAAGACGGACGGUUUCAGCAUCGAGUCGUGCCGAAGCAUGGUGGCCGUCAUGGACAGCGAUAGCACGGGCAAGCUAGGCUUCCACGAGUUCAAGCACAUGUGGAAGAACAUCAAGAAAUGGCAGAAAAUCUACGAGUCUCACGACAAGGACGGGUCGGGCGUCAUCUGCAGCAGAGAGCUGGGGCCCGCCUUCAAGGACGCAGGCUUCCCGCUCCAAGACCAACUGUACAAAAUGAUCAUCCGGCGCUACAGCGACGAGCACGGCGACAUGGAUUUUGACAACUUUGUGGGCUGCCUGGUGCGACUGGACGCCAUGUGCAAUGCCUUCAAGACUCUGGACAAAGGAAACACCGGCUCCAUCAGCCUGGAUAUCAAAGAGUGGCUCCAGUUGACCAUGUACUCGUGAAGGCUCCCAGCUGCUGCGUCUUUUCUCCAAUAAUUGCAGUCUCUGUAACAAGCCUUACGUGCAAUAAAAUUCUCAAAGUCCUAGGAA